AUGACGAAAAUGCUUUUGACUAAUCAGCGCCUCCCCUCCUCCCCCCUCCCUGCCCCAGUCACUUCCACAUUUCCCACUAUAAGUUCCUCCUAUAAGGUCAGAGUCACUAAAGAGCAGGCUCCUCCUCACUUCCUCCUCCAUGGGGAUCAGACUUAUUGUCCUGCCCAGGGUUCUAUACCCCAGGACCCUCUCUGGUCAAUGACAGCCCAUCAGUGGAUCUCAGCCCACUACUCGGAACCAGCUGCAGAGGGCUGCGAUGGGCCGGGAGCCAUGAAUGGUGCCACCCCCGGCCCCGCCACCGCCGCGCCGGUCCCGGACUGGCGGCAGUUCUGCGAGCUGCACGCGCAGGCGGCCGCCGUGGACUUCGCACACAAGUUCUGCCGCUUCCUGCGCGACUACCCGGCCUACGACACGCCGGACGCGGGCGCCUCCUUCUCCCGCCACUUCGCCGCCAACUUCCUGGACGCCUUUGGCGAGGAGGUGCGCCGCGUGCUGGUGACCAGGGCGGCCGAGCGCCCCGACGCCAUGGAGCCGGAGCCUGCGGCGCUCAAGGCGGCAUCGUGCGGCCACUCGCGGAGCUCCGAGGACGUGUCAGCGCACGCGGUGACCAAGGCCCGCGUCCGCAAGGGCUUCUCACUGCGCAACAUGAGCUUGUGCGUCGUGGAUGGCAUGCGCGAUAUGUGGCACCGGCGCGCGUCUCCCGAGCCCGAUGCCACCCCGCGGCUCCCGGCCGAGCCGCGCGACAAGUGGACACGGCGCCUGCGGCUGUCACGGACGCUGGCGGCCAAGGUGGAGCUGGUGGACAUCCAGCGCGAGGGCGCACUGCGCUUCAUGGUGGCAGAUGACGCGGCCGCGGGCCCGGGUGGCGCCGCCCAGUGGCAGAAGUGCCGCCUGCUCCUGCGCAGGGCUGUGGCGGGCGAGCGCUUCCGCCUGGAGUUCUUCGUGCCGCCCAAGGCCUCCAGGCCCAAGGUCAGCAUCCCUCUUUCAGCCAUUAUCGAGGUCCGCACCACCAUGCCCCUGGAGAUGCCAGAGAAGGACAACACGUUUGUGCUCAAGGUGGAGAAUGGAGCAGAGUACAUCCUGGAGACCAUUGACUCACUGCAGAAGCACUCGUGGGUGGCUGACAUCCAGGGCUGCGUGGAUCCCGGGGACAGCGAGGAAGACACAGAGCUCUCCUGUGCCCGGGGAGGCUGUCUGGCCAGCCGCGUGGCCUCCUGCAGCUGUGAGCUCCUCACGGAGGCAGUAGACCUGCCCCGGCCGCCAGAGACAACCGCAGCCGUGGUGACAGCCCCACACAGCAGAGCUCGAGAUGCCAUCAGCGAGUCCCUGGUCCAUGUCCCCCUGGAGACCUUCCUGGAGACCCUGGAAUCCCCAGGCAGCAGCGGUGGUGACAGCAGUAACACAGGGGAGGAGGGACCAGAGCCCGAGCCCGAGGGGGCGCCUGAGCUGGAGCUCUCUGACUACCCCUGGUUCCACGGGACGCUGUCGAGGGUCAAAGCAGCUCAGCUGGUACUAGCAGGCGGGCCCCGGAGCCAUGGCCUCUUUGUGAUCCGCCAGAGUGAGACUCGGCCUGGGGAGUACGUACUGACUUUCAACUUCCAAGGCAAGGCCAAGCACCUGCGCCUGUCCCUGAAUGGCCAGGGUCAGUGCCACGUCCAGCACCUGUGGUUCCAGUCGGUGCUGGACAUGCUGCGUCACUUCCACACCCACCCCAUUCCGCUGGAGUCAGGGGGCUCGGCAGACAUCACCCUACGCAGCUACGUGCGGGCCCAAGGCCCCCCACCUGGUAAGGCGCCCCCCUGGCAGGUGCAAUGGCUCAAGAACAGAAGGCGGGCAGCGGGAGGAGGGGGCCUCUCGGGCCGGUGGGUUGAGGCCUGGACUCGGGCGGCUGCGGGCAGUCAGGGCCCGCAGGACUGGGGGGCGAGGCAGGCCCGCCAGAGGCAGCCCCGGGCAUUCCCUAGACAAGCGCGGGGCUCCGUGGGACCCCAGGCCACCCCGUUCCUCCGGUCUCUGGUCACCGGCUGA